GACCAAUAAGAUCCACGAUAGAUCAGCCGAUGAUCAGAUGACUGAAAAGGAAAAACUAUUUAAAACUCUAAUGACACACUUAUGCAAGUUUUUCUACAUCUCUUGAGCGGCGCUUCCAUAGGUGCGCACCAGAAACGCGCCACCGGCUCCGUUGCUCUUUGUCGCCACUGGACCUAAACUCCCUCACCUUCCUGCCGCGCUACCACCACCAGCAGCAGCAGCAGUAGGCUACACAAAGACGUUUGAUAUUCUUCAGGGAGCUUUCAAUUUCCCCCACACUCGUCUGUGACUGAGAAAUGAAUCAUAAAGCCCCUCUACUGUGGAUUUUCCUACAGUGUGCUGCUGCGCUCUUCUCCUCGGCGCUCGGGGAAAACGCUGUUCUUAAAGAUGAAGAUGGUGAAUUGGAUGAAUUGUCGACAGACAGCCAGGCUCUCAAUGGCAUCAAGUACAACAUGAGACAGAGUUUAGAUCUGGACCACGAGGGCUGCUACCUACAGACCGGCAAGAAGGAGUGUCUAGAGGAGUGUGGCUUCAACGCUACAUCCAAGACCAUCUUCAUCAUCCACGGCUGGACGAUGAGUGGGAUGUUCGAAAGCUGGAUGCAGAAGCUGGUCGCUGCGGUGAUGCAGCGUGAAAGUGAAGCCAAUGUCGUGGUUGUUGAUUGGAUCUCAAUGGCUCAGCAGCUGUACCCCGAUGCGGUCAACCACACUCACAGUGUUGGCCUCGAUAUUGCCGCCAUGCUAAACUGGCUUCAGGAUGAGCAACAGCUGCCUCUGGAGAAUGUGCACCUGAUUGGCUACAGUUUAGGUGCUCAUGUAGCUGGCUACGCAGGGACGUAUGUACGAGGGACCAUCGGCAGAAUUACUGGUCUGGACCCAGCAGGACCAAUGUUUGAGGGUGUAGACGAACAGAGGCGCCUCUCCCCAGAUGACGCCGACUUUGUGGACGUUCUGCACACAUACACCAGAGAGGCUUUGGGUGUGAGCAUUGGGAUCCAGCAGCCUAUCGGGGACAUUGAUAUCUACCCCAAUGGCGGCGAUGUGCAGCCCGGCUGUGCACUGGGUGAAGUGCUGGCAAUGGCUGGAAAUUUCAUGGAAGUGAUGAAGUGUGAGCAUGAGCGCGCCGUGCACUUGUUUGUGGACUCCCUGAUGAACAAGCAACACAUGAGCUUUGCCUUCCAGUGCACAGGCCCCGACCGCUUCAAGAAGGGGAUCUGCCUCAGCUGCCGCAAAAACCGAUGCAACAACAUCGGCUACAAUGCCAGAAAGAUGCGCAAGAGGCGCAACAGUAAAAUGUACCUGAAGACACGUGCUGACACUCCGUUCAGCGGCUACCACUACCAGAUGAAGAUGCACGUGUUCAACAGAAAACAGUCGGACAAUGCAGAUCCGACCUUCUAUGUCAAGUUGUAUGGUGCCCAUAAUGAUACAGCAGACAAAUUUGUCGAUGUCCAUGACGACAUGGUCGGUCUGAACUUGACCAACACCUUUUUGGUGUUUACUGAGGAGGAUAUUGGUGACCUGCUGAAGAUCCGUCUGAACUGGGAAGGAGAAUCUGAAUCCUGGUCAUCUGUCUGGAAGAACAUCAAGAAGACAUUCUGGGCCUGGAACACCAAGCCUCCCAAACCUGUGCUGGAAGUCCGGCGGAUUCGUGUGAAAGCUGGAGAAACACAGAAGAAGUUUACUUUCUGUGCCCAAGACCCCUCAAAAACUGAAAUUUCACCAGGAGAAUCCAUAACUUUUGUGAAAUGUCGUGAUGGCUGGGAAGUGAAACCAAGAAAACGGCUGCCCAUGUAACAAUUCAGCACUUCCGGUAACCAAUGCACCGUCACCAUGGGGACCCAACAUGGAUCAGUGAGAAGCACUGCUUUCUCUUUAUUUGAGCACUUUUUGUAGGAGGAUUGAUCAGUGCACGGUGGGGAGCUUCAGGUUUCAGGCUCUGGAAGGUUUCCAGUGCUUUCUGGAAAUGAGGACUCAGUCCAGCGUAUGAGACAGCUGGAAAAUGGCUCGCAGGCUGAAAGUGGGUGCAAUCCUAAAGGUGCUGAAAUAGCCUGAGGUGUUACAGAACGUUCCUUUUGUGUGGACUAGUGAAGUAGAAUACAGAUCUGCGCCAGUGGCACACACCAGCAAUUCUAGUCGCUGUACUGUACAUUUUAAAAUAUUUUUUUUAUUUAUGAAAAAAUGGAAGCACUGCAAGACCAACGUUAUUUAUCAGAGCACAUCCCAUAAUGAAGCAUAUGUUGAAUGCAUUUCUCCUCGAUUGUGUGUGUGUGUGUGUGUGUGUGUGUGUGUGUGUGUGUGUGUGUGUGUGUGUGUGUGUGUGUGUGUGUGUGUGUGUAUUUUGUGUACGUAAUUGUGUCUGUUGUCCUCAAGAAACGUGCCUUUCUGCUGAGAGAGAGAGAGAGAGAUUACUGUACAUUACUACACUGUAUAACUGAAGGAGAUACCUGAUUUCAUUGCACACGAUCUUUCUGAGGCUUUUUGCGUAGUGUUACUGUUAUUGUAUGUGGCUUAUUUUGGUGGUGUGUUUAUGUAUAUAAUGUAAAUAACUUUUUGGAAAAAUAAAUUCACCUGUUAUUUG